GCUGCGAAUAUCAAGAAGAAGAAAGUUUACAAGUCAAAUACUCCUAGAGGUCCCACGAGAAAUCUACAAUUGGCAAAACUGAGACCCGGUGAGAGGAAGAAAGUAGACUUUAACAUAAAGGGAGAACCCAUUGGUGUUAAUAGAGCUAGUCUAGCGAACUAUUGUGGUGCCAUUGUUAGAGAUACUCUCAAUGCACCACUUUAUCAGAUUGAAGAGUUUUCACAAAUACCCGAAGAGAAAAAGGAUAAGAUGUGGCGGCUUAUUUUGGAAAAAUUUGAUAUUGGGCUUGAUGAUGUUGAAGAUGAAGAGCAAUAUGAAAAGCUAAGUGAAAAGAGAAAAAAGACUUUGAUGAAAUCUUUGAAAAAGAAGUACAAAAGUUAUAGAGGAAGACUGAAAAGUAAUUAUUACGAUACUGAAGACACAGAUGUGGAACGGUUAAAAGAUGAAAAUAAACCACCAUGUGUUAACAAAAAAGAAUGGAAGUGGCUUGUGGAGUAUUUUGGAUCUCCAAAGUUUCAGGAGAUGAGUAAACGAAAUAGUAAGAACCGCUCAUGCCAAACUGCUGGACACACCGCUGGCACAAAGAGUUUUGCUCAAGUUAUUCAUGAAGUGUGUGAAAAAGAGCAAGUCAUGCCGAACAUAUUGGAAGCAUACGAGAUAACCCAUACCAAAAUUGAUAAGACGCCAGUGAAUGAUGUUGUGAAGCAAAAUAUUUCAAAAAUGAAGGAGCUUUUAGAGCAACGUGCAGCAGGGAAAAAUAAUUUGACGAAUGAAGAAAUUUAUGAAAAAGUUAAACCCAAAGGAAAAUGCCAACGUGAUCGUCGAAUGGGAGUAAGUCCUUCCAUUACAUCAAUGUAUGGGUCAUUCAGUGAAGGAGAACAAUUGCGUAAAGAAGCAGAAGAGGCCAAGAAAGAAGCUAAUGAGGCUAAGAAAGAAGCAUUUGAGGCCAAUGAGAAAAAUAAAGUGCUCACCAAAGAAGUGAAGCGUUUCAAAAGCGAGAUGAAAAAUAUGAAAGGUUGUAUGGAGAAAUUUUUGAACAUCAUGGGUUAUGAUAUCUCAGAUUUAAUAACGAAUGAGGUUGACGAGGAGAGUGACGAAGUGUCUUCGGAUGGAGAAGAUCAAUGAAUUAUUUGAAAUGAUUUUGUCUUUAUCUUGUAGUUAUAUUUGACUUCAACUUUUGAUUAGUAGGCAAUACAUUUCUUUACCUAUGUAUUAAUAUAUUAAAUAUUAUUGACUUAUUAUAAUUUUUUGAAGUUAGUUAUUUACUUAUUUGUAAUAGUUGGAUGACUAAACCUUGCUUUGUAUUUAUGCUGCAUCAUAAUGCAGUUUUUGCUUUGUUUUUAU